AUGGCUUUACUCACUGUGGCGCUCCUCGGAGCCAAGAAUGCAUUCCAUCUUGUUCUUGCUGCCCGGCAUGCUAGUGCUUCAUCUGCGAAUUUGAAAGAUGUGUUGGCUGACCUGAUACCUAAGGAGCAGACCAGAAUUAAGACCUUCAGGCAGCGACAUGGAAAGGCAGGUGGCCAAAUCACUGUGGACAUGAUGUGUGGUGGCAUGAGAGGCAUGAAGGGAUUAGCAUACGAAACAUCAGUUCUUGAUCCUGAUGAGGGCAUUCAUUUCCGUGGCUACAGUAUCCCUGAAUGUCAGAAACUGCUGCCCAAGGCUAAGGGUGGGGAAGGGCCCCUGCUGGAGGGCUUAUUUUGGCUGCUGGUAACUGGGAAAAUGCCAACAGAGAAACAGGUGUCGUGGCCCUCAAAAGAGUGGGCAAAGAGGGCAGCUCUGCCUUCCCAUGUGGUCACCAUGCUGGACAGCUUUCCCAACAAUCUACACCCCAUGUCCCAGCUCAGUGCAGCCAUCACAGCCCUCAAUAGUGAAAGCAACUUUGCAUGAGCAUAUGCAGAGGGCAUCAACCGGACCAAGUGCUGGGAGUUGAUUUGCCAAGAUUGUAUGGAUCUGAUCGCAAAGCUACCUUGUGUUGCUGCAAAGAUCUACCGGAACUUGUACCUGGCGGGCAGCAGUAUUGGAGCCAUUGACCCUAAGCUGGACUGGUCCCACAAUUUCACCAACAUGUUAGGCUAUCCUGAUGCUCAAUUUUCUGAGCUCAUGCGCUUGUACCUCACCAUUCACAGCGACCAUGAAGGUGGCAAUGUAAGUGCCCAUACCAGCCACUUGGUUGGCAGUGCCCUUUCAGAUCCCUACCUGCUCUUUGCAGCAGCUAUGAAUGGGCUGGCAGGACCCCUACAUGGACUGGCAAAUCAGGAAGUGCUUGUCUGGCUGACAAAUCUUCAGAAGGAAGUUGGCAAAGGGGUGCCAGAUGAGAAGCUACGAGAGUACAUCUUGAACACACUCAACUCAGGGCGGGUUGUCCCGGGCUAUGGCCAUGCGGUACUGAGAAAGACUGAUCCACGAUAUACGUGUCAGCGAGAAUUUGCUCUGAAACACCUGCCCAAUGACCCCAUGGUUAAGCUGGUUGCUCAACUGUACAAGAUUGUGCCCAAUAUCCUCUUGGAGCAGGGCAAGGCCAAGAACCCUUGGCCCAAUGUAGAUGCUCAUGGUGGGGUACUGCUCCAGUCCUACGGCGUGACGGAGAUGAACUACCACACCGUGCUGUUUGGGGUGUCGCGAGCAAUGGGUGUCCUGGCACAGCUCAUCUGGAGCCGAGCCCUCGGCUUCCCUCUCGAGAGGCCCAAGUCCAUGAGCACGGAUGGUCUGAUGAAGUUUGUGGACACUAAGUCAGGGUAAAACCUUUGGAGAUGGGGAAACUUACCUACCAGAAGUGAGGGAACUUAAAAAAAUAUAUAUAUACUUUUGUUUCAGGGGGCUUGUAAAGACUUAAGAUUAAGUUGUAUCUGAGGCACUGGUAAUAAGUUUGAGGUUAAAAUAUAAAUUAAGGCUUUAAAAAAUGAACAGUGACCCCUCUUUACCUAACCAACUCCUUUCCCCUGAUUAGUAUGAGUUGCCCAUCAACUGUAGGAUGACCAGGACUAAAGCAUGUGGGAUGGGUUAGGUCUGGCCCCACACCAUCUCUGUAGAGUGAGAAUCGCUCCUUUUUCCCUGGGUCAAAGCUGACUGCAGAGAACCUGCAGCCACUUGUUCUGCCCAGUCCUCAGCAGGCCAGCACACC